UGAUUUCAAAUCCACGUGCGCGCUCGUCCAAGAUGCAUGAAAUGCUUGGCGCGUAUAGAUCUGGGCGACCUUGCCGUCUUGGCUUCUUGGAUAGGGGAGUCAGUCGGCGAGCGAGCGAGCGCAAUCUUUGAAGUUUUGGAACUUUGAUAUAAAAAGUUACAGACCACUAUCAUGACCUCGGUCAAGUAACAGUUGCGACGACAACUCGCCGUAUGGCUUUUCUCCAUUGUGUUUGACAGGUGCUACCCGAUACCAGAUACCCGACCUAAGGCAGGCAAGCCAGCCGGUUUCGUUUCGCUGCACAACGAAUCAUCCGCGUUCUGACUUCUAUUUUGUCCUUGGAUCGUUUAUCUCAACGCCCUCAAAUCCUUACGGCAGGAAGGUCACGCGCCGUCAACGAACAACAUGGGCCUCGCAAGCCGCUGGUCGCCAAAGAAUUGGCGCCGGGACUCUGAGUCUGGCUAUGACUGGAACUUUGGUCCGCGGUUCUGGAACGCGUUUAGGGAGAACUGGUAUCUGGGCUUCACGUCGUUUGGCGGGCCGCCGGUGCACUUCAAGAUUUUCCGUGACAAGUUUGUUACCAAGAUUCAAUGGAUCGACGAGCAGGUGUACCAAGAGCUCUUCAGCGUCUGCCAGGCCUUUUCUGGCCCUGGCAGCACCAAGAUGCACUACUGCAUUAACCUGAUCCACGACGGGUUCCUGCCCGCGGUGUUUGCGUUUCUUCUCUGGAGUCUCCCCGGUGCCCUGGGAAUGUUCGGCCUCGCCAUCGGCAUCUCCAACGUCGGCGAAACACUCCCGCGCCCCGUGUACGCGCUGCUCUCGGGCCUAAACGCCGCCACGGUUGGCAUCAUCGCGCUUGCCGGCGUGCAGCUGGCGGAAAAGGCCAUCACUGACAAGCUCACCCGCCUGCUUGUGUUCUUCGGCGCCGCCGCCGGCUUGCUGUACAAUGCGCUGUGGUAUUUCCCGGUACUGAUGGUCGUCGCGGGCAUCAUUGCCGUUGUUCAUGAUUUCCGCUGGCUGCACGGGCCGGUGAAGGCCCUGCUCGGUUUCCCGAAAAAGGUGACCGGGCGAGGGAAGAAGGAGAAGCAGCGGGACGCAUCAGCCGAGCGGGGCGAAGAGCAAGAGCUGGCGGCGGUGUCCCAACAGGCAUCAUCAACCCCAGCCGGUGCCGCCCCGUCCGAGCCCGUCAUCGCCCGCCCGCCAUCCAUCAAGAGCAACUACUCCACCCGCCAGCGCCUCCCCCUGUCGACCCAGGACCUCACCCACGACGACGAAACCGGCUCCCCCGGGAAACAGCGCAACCUCCAACAACUCUCCCCGCCGCCCUCUCCGACCCACGACCAACCCCCAGCAGACGAUGAGCCGCGCACGGUCCCGGAAAACCGUCGACUCCCCCUCAGCUGGAAGGGCGGGCUGGCGCUGAUCGGGCUUUUCCUAGCCUCCUUCAUCGUGGUGCUCGUACUACGUGGCACACUAGCCUCGCCGCACCUGCUGUACCGGCUGUUCGCCAACAUGUACUUGGCGGGUACCAUCAUCUUUGGCGGGGGUCCCGUCGUGAUCCCGCUGCUGCGCGAGUAUGUCGUGUCAGAAGGGUGGGUGUCGCCCCGCGACUUCUUGAUCGGCCUCGCCAUCAUCCAGAGCUUUCCAGGCCCCAACUUCAACUUUGCCGUCUUCCUCGGCACCCUGACCGCCGUCAACGGGGGUUACCCCGGAGCCGCGGGCGCCGUGCUGGGGUAUCUGGGUAUAUUCUUGCCCGGCUUGGUGACGGUGCACGGCACCAUGGGCGUCUGGGCCGCGCUGCGGAGCAAGAGGUGGGUCAAGAGCGGUUUGAGGGGUAUCAAUGCUGCUGCUGUGGGUUUGAUUUACACGGCGGUGUAUCGUCUCUGGCAGAUUGGCUGGAUUGAUGAGGGCUUUUCAAGGGGUACCAGUCUGGCUAACGAUCCGUGGUGGGUGGUGGUGACGGCUACGAGCUACGUGGGCGGCUGUUGGUUCGGCGUCAGCCCCCCGGUGGCGUGCGUCCUCGGGGCGGUAUUGGGGUUGGUGAGAUACGGGGUUGUCGUGGGCCAAGGCUACUAGAACAAAGUGAUAUGGGGUCUGUUGAGCUCUAAUGUUGUGUUUAUUUCGUCGAGCAUAUCGACAUCUGAAUUACGGUAGCGGUCUGGAACUACCGUUGUUUUCUCCCAGUGCUAUGAUUACACGAAACAUAAUAAAUGUACUGUACAGGAGCAGACUACCAUUUACAAACUCAUUC